AUGGCCACAGACCCACGAUUAGCACGUCUGGAUCCACGGCGGACAGCAACUCCAACACAGCCUCCUCCACCACCUCCACCAGCAAAAUCAGAUCAGAAGCCUCUGGGUGGGUACGAUGGAGUCGAAGAUGCGGACCCAAUGGCUGUAUCACGAAAUGAGGAGGGUGGCUUCAAGCUGAAAUUCUGCACAGUAUGUGCAAGUAACCAGAACAGAUCAAUGGAAGCCCACCUCCGCUUGUCGCUCGCGUCCUAUCCCGUCCUCUCUUUCGGAACCGGCUCCCUCGUACGCCUUCCCGGUCCGUCGAUAACCCAACCAAACGUCUAUCCUUUCAACAGCACUUCUUACUCGACCAUGUACCAAGAGCUCUCGCAGAAAGACCCUCGCUUGUAUCGCGCCAACGGCAUACUUUCCAUGCUUGAGCGCAACCUGAAGGUCAAAUGGGGUCCUGAAAGAUGGCAGGAUUGGCCAAUUGGGAAGCCGCGACUAGAUCAGCAGAGGGAAGACAAAGGCAGCAGAGGCGCAGAGGGAGGCGUAGUGGACGUGGUGAUCACAUGCGAAGAGAGAUGCUGGGACGCUGUGGUGGACAAUUUGCUUGAGAGAGGUAGUCCAUUGAAUCGGCCGGUGCAUAUCAUUAAUGUAGAUAUCAAAGACAACCAUGAAGAGGCGUUAGUAGGUGGAAAAGGGAUCCUUGAUUUAGCAGACUCGCUGAAUCAGGCGGCAAAUGAAGAGAGGAGGUCUGGAAAUGGAAACGGUUUCGACGAAAGGGUGCCAGAGCUGCUGGCAGAGUGGCAGGGGAGAUGGCCGCAAUUGCCGGCAUUGUGGACUCUGGGGUGGUUUUAA